ACGUCCCCCCCUCUCUGAGAUCGUCUAUUCCCGCAUGCUGCCCCACUCUCAUUUUGUAUCCUCAGAUGUUGUUAAAUACAUGCUAUGUGUGUGUAAUGUUAUGCUUUGUAACUGGACUUGGUUGAAUACAUGAAUUUAAACCGCCCUUUUUAAUGCGAUUGAAGCUUCGCAUUAGUGCCUUGUGGUGUGCUUUUGCAAAGUAGCCGACGAGCAGGCAAAGUGAGAGUGCGUCGCGCUUAUAUUUGGCGCAUGCGUGUACAACUGAGCAUGCGUCAAACUAUGACGUCAGCCGUUCUUUCUAAACAUAUUGUACUGAUAUUUAAACUACAACUCCCAUGAUCCUCCAGAACCCGGAAACGCGGAUCUGGACAUGUUUUAUCGGAGUUCGUGUUGAUACAAGCGAAAUAGCAGCCAUGGUCGACCUGUAAAAAAAAAAAACUCACAUUUCCCCACACGAAGUCGGUGCUAUUAGUUAGCAGCAAUGGGCACCUUUUUUGCUAUUAUUCUUGUUUUUGUCGGCUGCUGUAGCAACGUGGUGUCCCUGGAGCUGCUGGUGAGGGAUUUCCCAGGAUGCGGCAACAUUGUGACAUUUGCGCAGUUUGUGUUCAUCGCCUUGGAGGGAUUCAUCUUUGAAACAAAGCUGGGCAGGAAGGGACCCGUCAUCCCUAUCAGGAACUAUGUGAUCAUGGUGACCAUGUUCUUCACAGUCAGCGUCAUCAACAACUACGCGCUCAACUUCAACAUCGCCAUGCCGCUGCACAUGAUCUUCAGAUCAGGCUCUCUCAUCGCCAGCAUGAUUCUGGGGAUCAUCAUCCUGAAGAAAAGAUAUUCAGCCAGCAAAUAUUUGUCUAUAGCGUUGAUUUCAGCUGGCAUCUUCAUCUGCACCGUCAUGUCCGCCAAGCAAGUGAAUACGGCCCAGGAGGGAUCGGAGGAGCAAGGAUUUCACGCCUUCUUACACUGGCUUGUAGGAAUCGCCAUGUUGACCUUUGCCCUGCUGAUGUCAGCCAGGAUGGGUAUUUUCCAGGAGACGCUCUACAAGAAGUACGGAAAACACUCCAGGGAGGCUCUUUUUUAUAACCACUUCUUGCCUCUGCCCGCCUUCCUGCUGCUGUCCUCUGACAUUUACACACACGCCGUCCUCUUCAGCCACACUGCUCCAGUGCUGGUUCCUGUCAUUGACGGACAUGUUCCAGUCAUGUGGAUCUACCUGCUGGUCAACAUCAUCACUCAGUACGUGUGCAUCCGCGGCGUCUUCAUCCUGACCACAGAGUGCGCCUCGCUCACCGUCACCCUGGUGGUGACUCUCAGGAAGUUCCUCAGCCUCAUCUUCUCCAUCGUCUACUUCCAGAACCCCUUCACGCCGUGGCACUGGCUGGGCACGGCGGUGGUCUUCGUGGGCACGCUGCUCUACACGGAGGUGUGGGGCGGCGUGACUCGGUCCUUGUCCAGGAAGAAGAAGAAGGCCGAGUGAGCUCCGUGGACAUUUGUAGUUGGCACCGGAAACAACUUUAGGAAAACAAGAUCCUCAUUUUGAAAGGAUGAAGUUCUUGCGAGGAAUAAACUUGACAUUUGUGCUGUUUUCCUGAGAACUGCACGUCUGAAAUAAAAAUAGGUGAUAAAA